UACCGGAAACAUGUUCGUCAGUUGAGGAUUAUGUUGAGUCAUAUAUCUUCCCUCUGAUAGAGGAAACACGUGCAGACUUGUUCUCUAGUUUAGAAGCUGUCUCUGAUGCUCCUUUUGCUGAAAUAACAGCUAUAGAGGAAUCAGAGUACACAUCAGAUUUGUCUGUCUUCAUCGAAGUUAGUGGUUGGAAACGUGGAUCAGGUUUUGGUUACAAACCAAUGCCUGGAGAUAUUUUGGGUUCUUUCUAAUGUGAUUCCAGAGGCUGCGGCAGAUCUUCUAAGAUAUGGCAAGACUUAUUUUCUGGCAUCAGUUACUAAUCCUGAAAUUCCUUUUAUUGAUGAAAAAGAAAAUUCAAAGUCAGUUACUUUGGUUACUGAAGUUGAAUCGGAUGAAGAAUACCGCAGGGGUUUUCCAAUUAAAGUAUCAAAGAGCAUUGAAGUUGCAGAUGUAAUGGAGAAUUCACUUUAUGCAAUUUUUCUUACAAAUUUAACUACAAACAAACGGAUAUGGAAGGCUCUAAGCUUGGGGGCUGAUGCGGACAAUGAAAAUAUGAAUAUGAUCAGAGAGGUUUUGUACACCAAGCCCUUGGACGAGAGCUCAUGCAAUGCCUGUUCUUUUGGACAAAUAGAUGACUGGGCUACUAAAUUCGAUGGUGAUUUAAUCUCUUUAAAUAUGAAUGCCUCGCAAUUGGAUGCAAUCUUAAGUUCUUUAUCGGCUAUACAAUGCAAGCAUUCGCGUUCAAUCAAACUUAUCUGGGGCCCACCUGGGACAGGAAAGACUAAAACCAUUAGUGCAUUACUGUGGGUGCUCUUGGAAAUGAACUGCAGAACCCUUACAUGCGCACCGACAAACGUUGCAGUCAAACAAGUUUGCUCACGUCUCCUGAGCUUAGUCAAAGAAUAUCGUGGACGGGGUGAUGAAAAUGGAUUCUCUUGUUUUUCCCUGGGCGAUGUGGUGCUAUUUGGAAACAAGGAUAGAAUGUCAAUAGAUGAGGAUUCUCAACUUCAAGAGAUAUUUUUGGACUAUCGUGCUGAUCGACUUGCCGAAUGCUUUGCACCUGCAUCUGGAUGGAAAAAUAUGCUAGUUUCAUUGAUAUCUUUACUUGAAGAUUGUGUCCCUCAGUAUCACACUUAUUUGGAAGACAAAAAGGAAGAGGAGACUACUAGUUUUAGGGAGUUUCUAAAGAAGCGGAUGGAGGCCACUGCAGUACCCCUUUGUGACUGUUUGAGGCUUCUGCAGGUCCAUUUAACUAGAAGUUUCAUUUCUGAAAAUGUAUCUGCAAACAUUGUUGCUCUUUUCAGUUUGCUUGAAACUUUUGGAAGUUUGUUGUGCGCCAGAGGUGUAUCUGAUAAAGAACUGGAGGAAAUCUUUUUGCCUGAAGAUCCAGAGAGUGAAUAUUUUCCAUCUACAGAUUUGCUGCUUAGUGCCCAUUCCAUGUUGGAGGACUCUGCCAGAAAAGCUUUGGACAAAACAAGAAGAGAAUGCCUUUGUAUUUUAAGAGUACUUAAAGAAACUCUUCAGUUACCCCUAAUUAUUGGUGAGGAUUGGAUAAAGGGAUUCUGCUUGAAGAAUGCUACGCUCAUUUUCUGUACCGCUUCUACUGCUUCUUCGUUGUGCUAUUAUGAGAUGGAACCAUUGGAAGUUGUGGUUAUUGAUGAAGCUGCACAGUUGAAAGAAUGUGAGUCGGUUAUUCCACUUCGAACCAAGGGUAUAAAGCAUGCUGUUCUCAUUGGAGAUGAGCGUCAGUUGCCUUCUAUGGUGAAGAGCAAGAUCUCUGGGGAAGCUGGGUUUGGAAGAAGUCUUUUUGAAAGGUUGGGUUUGCUGGGGCAUCAGAAACAUCUGCUCAAUAUGCAGUAUCGCAUGCACCCUGCAAUAAGUGCUUUCCCAAAUUCCAAGUUUUAUGAUGGCCAGAUUUUGGAUGCUCCAAAUGUCACAGAUGCUAGCUAUGAACGGCAUUAUCUUCAGGGAAGUAUGUAUGGUGCUUAUUCAUUCAUACAUAUUGCUGACGGAAGGGAGAAGAAGGAUGGAACUAGUUGGAAAAAUAUGGUCGAGGUGGCCGUUGUCUUGAAAGUAAUCAGAAGCCUUUUUAAAUCAUGGGAUGGUACAGGGCAAAGCCUCAGUAUAGGAGUGGUGUCCCCAUAUACUCCUCAAGUUAAUGCGAUUCAGAAGAAAAUUGCAAAACAGUAUGAAAUGCACAAUGGCGUUUCUCUAAAGGUUAGGUCCAUUGAUGGGUUUCAAGGUGGCGAGAUGGAUAUCAUUAUACUUUCAACCGUCAGGUCCAAUAGAGAUGGAUCAGUUGGGUUUCUUGACAAGUUUAACCGAACUAAUGUGGCGUUGACAAGGGCUAGGCAUUGCCUUUGGAUUUUGGGAAACGCAUCAACCUUGAGUCAAAGUGAUUCUGUUUGGGGAGAAUUAGUAUAUGAUGUGAAGGAAAGAGGGUGCUUCUUCAAUGCCAAUGAGGACAAAGGAUUGGCUAAAGCAAUUUUACAAGUUAAGAUUGAACUAAAUCAACUCGAUGAUUUGCUCAAACCGGACUCUAUACUUGCCAACAUAACUAGAUGGAAGGUUAUUUUCAUUGAUGAUUUCCAAAAGUCUUUUGCGAAGUUUAAGUAUCAGAUCAAACAGGCAGUGUUUCAAGUGUUACUGAGGCUUGCUGAUGGUUGGCGUCCAAAAAGUAAAAGUCUAGAUUUAAAAGACUCCUUUCAGCUUGCAAAGCAGUGCCGGGUCAGAGAGCUGUAUAUUGUAUGGAUGGUUGACAUUGAUGAUGGGAGAUAUUUCCAGGUGUUGAAGGUCUGGGACAUUGUACCAUUGACAGAAAUCCCAAAACUUAUCAAGCGUCUGGAUAACAUUUUCUCAAAGUACACUGAUGUUUAUAUAGAGCACUGCAGAAUGAAAUGUGUCGAGGGAAAACUUGAAGUGCCAAUGAUUUGGAAUACACAAAAUGAUAUCGUUCAGUAUAAGAAACUCUACAAAACUGAAAAUGUGGCACCGGCGGCAUCUGGUCCAAGCAACAAAAGCAAGGGCAACAGGGCUAAGGAAAAUAACAAGUAUAGGCAAAAGAGAAAAGGUAAGAACAAUAAAAGAUAAGUCUUCUUCUUUUUUUAUUCUUCAAGGCUUUGUGUAAAUGAAACAUGUAAAAAAAAAGAAGUAUUGAAAUGGAACUUCAUUUAUAUAUGGAAUUUCAAGGAAAGAGAUUGUGAUGAGUUAUAGGUGUCCCUUUGC